CAUCCAAACCUACUGUCCAACUUUUCUUUCCCUAUUUCCUCCAAAGCCUAACCCUUCUCUCUCCCUCUCUAAAUAUCUCUCUCAAUCUCUCUCUUUCUCUCUCUCUCUCUGAAAAACACCAAGAAUGAAGAAUAUUAACAUAACCACUAACAAAUGAUGAUGAUGAUGAAACAAGUUUGAGUUUGCUUCACCUUUUAAAGGAACCCUAGAACACCAAUUCACAAUUCACAAAGUUCAAAGCAAUUAACCUUGGAUCUGCAAAAAUAUAAAGUUUAACAAACUUUUAUAUAUCAAUGGAUUCAAUUCAACAAUUUAUACAGACAUGUAACCAUGAAAACACCUGCAACUUCAUGAACACAAUAACCAGCAACAACAACACAAGCUUAACAACAACAACAACAGCAAGUGGAAGCUCUUCUUCAUCUGCAGCUUCAACCAUAACAACCAACACACCAAACAGUAGCAGCCGGUAUGAGAAUCAGAAACGCCGUGACUGGAACACUUUUGGUCAGUACCUCAAGAAUCAUCGUCCUCCUCUUUCACUCUCUAGAUGCAGCGGUGCUCAUGUGCUUGAAUUUCUCAGGUAUUUGGAUCAAUUUGGGAAAACAAAAGUUCACACACCAAUUUGUCCAUUUUAUGGUCAUCCAAACCCUCCAGCACCUUGUCCAUGUCCUCUAAGGCAAGCAUGGGGAAGCCUAGAUGCACUGAUAGGCCGUCUCCGCGCCGCUUUCGAAGAAAAUGGAGGAAAACCAGAAACAAAUCCUUUUGGUGCUCGAGCAGUGAGGCUCUAUCUCCGCGAAGUUCGCGAUCUUCAAUCCAAAGCAAGAGGGAUUAGCUACGAGAAAAAGAAGAGAAAACGUCCUCCACCACCACAACCACGGCCACAGCAACAAGUUCCACCACCACAAGGUGCAAGUGCAGCUCAUUAGAGAUAAAUCAAAUUCCAAAUUCUCUCUCUCUCUCUCUCACUUCACUCUCUUAUCUUAAUGCUUUUCUUAUAAUUUAUAUUUAGGGUUUUUUUGUUUCUUUUGUUUAAUAAUAUGUGGAAACUGCUGUGAUCUGAAAAAACAUACAGUGCUUUGUCUUUGGAUCCUGUUUGGUUGCUGUACACAGAGAUGAAAAAGUGUUAUAAAAUGUAAGAUAUCAUUUAUCUGCUUUUAAAGA